AGCUUGGAGGAACGGCCGGGCGAGGCGGACACAGCCGCCGCCGCCGCCGCCGCUCCCGGCCCCGGCCCCGGCCCCGGCCCCGGCCCCGGCCCCGGCCCCAGCCCUCCCAGCGCGGCUCCAUGGCGGCCUGCGGCGGGCUCGGCAUCCAGCUGCUGCUGGAGGCGGCCGAGUACCUGGAGCGCCGGGAGCGAGAAGCCGAGCACGGGUACGCCUCGCUGCUGCCCGGCGGGAAGGACGCGGAGGCCGCGCAGCGCCGCGCCAAGGCCAGGAGGAGCGGCGGCGGCGGCGGCAGGUCAACACACAGUGAGAUGGAAAAGAACAGGCGAGCUCACCUGCGGUUGUGUUUGGAGAAGCUGAAAAGGCAGGUCCCGCUCGGACCCAAAGACAGCAGACACACCACGCUGAGCUUACUGAAGAAGGCCAAAUUGUACAUCAAGAAGCUUGAAGACGACGACAGGAAAGCCAUGCACCAAAUAGAGCAGCUGCAGCGGGAGCAGCGGCACCUCAAGAGGCGGCUGGUGAAGCUGGGCAUGGAGAGGAUAAGGAUGGACAGUAUCGGAUCCACUGUUUCUUCCGAGCGCUCCGACUGGGAUAGAGAAGAGAUCGACGUGGAUGUGGAGAGCACGGACGACCUUCCUGCAGACCUGGACUGGAGCAGCAGCAGCCCCAGCGACUCGGAUGAGAGAGGGAGCCUGCGGAGCGUCUGCAGCGACGAGGGAUAUUCCAGCUCCGGCGUCAAGAGGUUGAAGUUGCAGGGCGAUUGCAAACCUUCUCUUGGUCUAUAAGAAGCAACUCCCGUCGCUCUUUCACCCCUGGCUCUUUCCCUUUGGAUCCUGUUAGGUAGCACACCGGACCUUCCCACCCUUCUCUUGCAAGUCAAACCACCUUCAUGUAGCACCGACCGAAAUGAACUUUGCUCAAGUCCCAAAACACCACUUGAGGCUGUGGGUGGUGAGUUGCUCCCUGGAGCUCCUCUUUCCAUCCAGAAACUCCUCUCUACGAGAUUCCCACAUUCCAGCCACAUUUGGAAGCACCUGAGGGUAUCACAGCAGUAACAGCAACAUCCAAAGCCCUCCCUGGUGCUGUCGCUAGCCAGUAUUCCGGAUCUACUCCGCAUCUGCCCGGCAACAUCACAUCCCAAUAAUUGGUGGCAGGGCCCAAAUGUAGGGGAUUUUUGGGUGAGGAUGUGAAGGCAGAGCCGGACACUUGUGUAGUUUAGAUCCAUGAGGGAAUGGGGGUGAGCUGUGUCUUGGGAUUGCACUGCCAGUGUGUUAGUCGGGGGGCUCGUCUCCACCGACUCUAAAUAUUCAGAGGAGCAGCACAGCCAUAUACACCCUAGCCCUGCCGUGUUCCCAGAGCCGCUUCCUCACAGCAGGAAUGCCGCUCGGGGAGCUGCAGGUCCUUGUCACCCCUCUCAGGUCGGAUGCCUUCGUUCUGGGAAGUUUUGUGUCCUACCUAAAACCAAACAGCCCUUGUCCCCAUCCCUCGUGGCUGCGCGGCGCUGUUCCAGGCGAGCGCUCCUGGAAUUUCCUUUUCCACGCUUCUUGUCUCUGGGACAACAUGUUAUUCUACCUCGGAGAGAUGAACAAAGAUUAUCUCCAUCCCUUUAGCACAAAACCCCACCAAGAUGAUGCCUCGUGUCUCGCAGAAGCCAUGCCCGGCCCCGCUCGCAUCCGUGGCGCGAUGGUUCAGCAAUAACCCGGUGUGAGGGGGAGCGGGGCAGCCUCCGGCCGUCGGAUCCUCACCGGCACAUCCGAAGCACUUCUCCAACCAGCAGCGAUCUUCUGGGCGCUCCAAGGAGGAUUUUGGUCGCUGCCUUAAGGGACACAAACCUGAAUAUGCCAAGGAAGACCCAGAGCCCUUCCCAGGGCCCCAGUUGAGAGAGCACAGGAGCUAUAAACAGUAUUUGUUCUUUUUUCUAUGUUCUGGAGAUGACAUUCUUAGGACUUUCUGCUUUUAUGGAUGUUCUGGAUACUUUACACAUAGGGGUCUGCUAAUGGAGAUGUUUCUUUUCUCCUUGAGCCAGGCAAAGGUCUUUUCCACCCCUCAGCAAACCUCUUGCUCGAUCCCUGUCGGGCUCCAGCAUUGGGCAAGGAACUGCUUUGUUCUUGCAGGGCUUCUCCUGGUGAAGCCACCAAAACACUGCAAAGUGCAGGAAAAUGGAGAAUAUCCAACUCGCUUCCUAUUCUUAUUUCCUUUUUGUUCUUUUAUUUCCUUUUUAACAUCCUAAAUCUGGUUUCGGAUCAUUUGAAGCCUGUGAGCAGUGAGAGGAUGGGGGACGGGAGCUACCAAAUCACUGCAGUCUCCCAGAUCUCGGCUCUUUUUGCUGGGUUUUAAGAGAGGAAAAACAAUCAAAGCCGUGAAGGAUUAUUUUGCUUAAAGCAGUUGGAGUUUUCCAGCAUCCAGCACUGACCCGGAUGCCUUCAGCAUCGGCAUUCCCGAAUCCCAGUACAUGAGCUCAACCCCCCUGAUGCUUUCAAAGAGAGGGGGGAAAAGGCAAAAAGAGGCAAAGCCCAAUAAAAAGGAAGCGGAAUAUCAGUACUUUGCCAAGAGCCCUCCGUUGCCCUCUUCUGGAACCACCUUGGGAUUCCCAAUGGAGCUCCGGAUUGCACUACCUUUGAGCAGGGAAGGAAAAGCACCUCAGGGUUGAACAGGAGGUAGAAAGAGGUUGAUUUGAGGUUGAUGUUUCGAGUCUUAAGGUUUCAGCUCAGCAUCAGUUAUUGGUUCUUUCAGCGUUGUGUCUCUCUGAGUUACCCACCACCUUCUUGCCCUCUUCUUUCUGCCCCAAACUACUAAGUACCAGACCUUUGCACUGUUGGGAUGUGCCCCUCUCCGGCCUGAGGGUGAAGAGAAACAGGAACCCUCCAAACUGAUGCACUAACCUGGAAUGGGGCUGGAAACGCGGCGCUUGAUUCCUGGUGAGCAGCCGGGACCGUCUGUGGCGGCUUCUGAUCUCUCCAGGUCCCUCCUUUGCCAGCCUUUUCCUUGGAAUUCACUGAUCCACCAGCAUUCCUAAGAACUAAGCUGCAGGUAGGACACUUGCAUAGAUGGGGAUUCACAAGAGGGGGCGAGGAGCCGCUCGCGCACCCCACGUUUACGACGGUCGUGGCACAGACCUGGGUUGAAAACACGCUUUUUUGGGUUGGUUCAUUUUGCUUCUUUUUCCUCAUGGAAAGCGGAUCCCAAACCACCAUUUCGGGAGGUGAGACCCAGCUCCAGGCGGGGAAUGGGAAGCUGAUGGGAAUGGGGGUCUCUCCGGAGGCAAUGGUGCUUUGCUUCCUGGUUUGUCCCCCCCAUAGCGAUGGGUUUGGGCAUCACCCACCUUUGUUUUGGGGCUGGACACGAGGAAAGCUGCCACAUCCAAGCCCUGUGCUUCCCGGGAAUCCUCACCUCCUCCCUCCUGAAAGCCACAAGGUUUGUUUCAACCUCUUGCUUUAUCCAGCAUAGUGGCCGAUGAGCCAUUGGAACACCCCCACCAGAACCAUCUCAGUGUUGGGUUGGGGGUUUGUUGGGUUUUUUGGGGUCACAUUUGGUGCUUUUCCACCCUUUUUCUUUCCUUCAUUUCAUCUUUUUGCUUCCUAAGAAGCCGAACCCGCUCCGGCUUCACCAGCCGGCAGCUGGGAGAACGGGAAUUCUGUUUCCUGCUGUAAAUACCACGUUGUCAUCCCCACUUCUGUGUCAGGACCAUCUAAUGGUGCUUUUUACUACAGUUGGCACACGCCUUUUUAGAGAGUACGUGUUUGAGCAGACGUUUGCUGUGUACCAGGGUAAUUCUGUCUCGUUGGACUGUUAUAACUGUGUUGUUAGAGAAUAAAUUAUUUCAGUAUGAAAGAGAA